AGUCAAAAUAAAAUUAUGGCCAAAUAGCAGUGAAUUUUGUUUAGUUUCCGAUGAUCCACAAAAAUGGCGGUUAAUUGUAACAGAUGCUUACUUCGAGGCUUGCAUGGUAGAAGUUAAUCCCGCCGUUAUUAAAGCACACAACGAGGUGAUGCUUCGAACGCCUGCUAUAUAUCCUUACCAGGAUGUGGAAGUCAAAGUGAAAAGCCUAGCAUCAGGCAACUUUAACUUUUCUUGGGAUAACAUAUUUCAAGGACGCAUACCCUCUUGCCUCACUGCUUUUUUCGUAUCAGCCCGCGCCUAUGCUGGUACAUAUGACACAAAUCCGCUGUACAUGGAUCACUUCAACCUAUCCAGUCUAACAACUCAGGUGGAUUCUCAAGAUGUACCUUCGAAACCACUCACAUUAAAAUUUUCCAGCGAUCUAAUUGAGAGUGAACAAUAUCUGUCGGCAUAUUUGAGACUCUUUGAAACAUCAUUAACAAAUCACGACAACAAUACUGAUAUCGAGGCGGACGAUUUCAAAUCAGGAUUUUCGAUAUUUCGUUUCCAGUUGAAUGCGGCAGACGAAAAUAAAACUGUGUUCCCGUUACUUAAAGGAGGGCAACUGAAACUUGAAGGACGCUUUGAGACUGCCCUACAAGAACCGGUGUGCGUGAUCGUUUUAGGAACAUUCCAUCGAAUACUGGAGAUUGACCGCUUUCGCGGUGUUACAGUUACAUAAUGAAUACGUAUCAAUUGGAGCGAAUCAUGAAUUCGGACGCUUGUCUGCGCUUAAAAACCCACGGUGUAUACGCACUGGAUGAGCUACCUACAAAAGUUACGAAAAGACCAUCCUAUUUCAUUGUUAACACACAGGAUAGUUCGAUGGUUGGAGAGCAUUGGUGUGCAUUUGCGUUUUAUGAUAACGCACCAGCAGAGUUUUAUGAUUCCAUGGGACAUUCGCCUGACUAUUAUAAUUCUAUAUUUCAAGAUAUUCUUGUGAACAAUAGUACGCAUUUUUUAUACAACAACACUAGAAUUCAAGGACUAGACACAACGUGUGGUCAUCACUGUGUAUACUAUUUAAAUAAACGAUGUAGGAAAACUAGCAUGAGAUGUAUUGUCAAUUCAUUUUCAAAGCACAAUCUUAGAGAAAAUGAUGAGUUUGUCAAGUAUUUUCUA